UUAAUAUCAAACUGAAAGCAACUUCAGCAAUCCAGAUGCAAAACGGACGUAGAAGAGAAGGCAGGAAAUAAAACCGCCGUCAUCUGCUCUGCUACGUUUUCCAAAUUAACACUUGAAAAUAGCCUAGCAUUUCACUGCAGUGUGCAGUAGAAAAUAUAUUCGAGAUAAUGUAUCGACAGCGGGAUGAGAUUGAGCUGGAGAAGAGUGUAAGGCGAUUGAGAGAGAAGUUCCACGGAAAGAUUCCGAUCGACAAGGCUACUGUGCUCAUGCAUCGCUAUUGUAACAACCACCAGCUUGCGGCUAAGGACAUCAUUCUGAUGAAAGACAGAGACCUGGAUGAGGAGGACCGAAGAAGCCUGACUGAUGCUGCCGUUAGGAAUGUAGUGGCGAGACUGGAGGCUGAGGAGAAAGAACUGGCCUCACACCCCCGGCCACGCCCGCAGCCUGGUCCUGGCAGUGGAAGACCGAUACAGGCGGACAGAGAAAUUCAGGAUCUGGCGGCGCAGCUGAAGACGUUGCCGCUGACGCAGGAGAACCUGCGCAUGUUUGACCAGGCGCAGCACAGCCACACACCCUCGGAGCUGCACCAGUUCGCCUGCCAGGCCUGCGACACGGACUGGUGGCGUAGAGUUCCCCAGAGGAAGAGGGUGUCCCGCUGUCGAAGGUGCAAAAGGAAGUAUGAUCCAGUCCCAGCUCACAAAAUGUGGGGAAUUGCUGAGUUCCACUGUCUCACCUGUCAGCGAGUCUUCAGGGGAUUUGGCUGUAUGGACGUGGGGUCUCCCUGCUACUCCUGCCGGUCCCUUGUCAUACCAUUGCGGAUCCUGCCCCCCCGUCGGAGACAGACUGGUGUUGGGCCUGGGAGGCAGAACCCCCAUAGUUGUCUGGCUGAGGACUGCUAUAACCGUCAGGAACCCCAUGUCCCUGGGACAGAGUGCGUUCACCCCCGCAGCAGGCAGAGGAACAGCAAGCCGCGCGUAGUGAACCCCAGCCCCGCCCACGUCAGCACGGGCUCCACGGUCAACACCUGUCUCAGCCAGGCCAGCAUCCUGGACAUCGACGAGCUCAUUCUGGAGGACAUCAAGGAGGAGGAAGAGGAGGAGGAUGACGAGGACCCACGUGGCAGCUAUAGUGACAGCAGCUCAAACUAAGGCGGUCCUGAGCCAAUCAGACUCCAGGGUCACUGUAUCAAUGUGAAUACAGGAGGCGUGCACCAAUCAGAGGACAGGACCAAGGUGGUUUAAAAAGCUGGGAGUUCUGCCUGAUGGUCAGUGUGUGCACAUAGAGCUCCUCCUUCAGGUGGACUGCAGUCGGGUCCUCAGGCUGCACAGAGCCCUUUCCUUUCAUGUUGUUUUGCACCCUGCCUGCACAUUGUAGGCAUUCGUAUAAGACGAAACUUUUCCAGUUUACGCAUCCUUAAUAUUGUGACCAAUAUAAUUGAGCAUUCAGUUAUUUAUUUUGUAAUAAAUAACCUUGUGUCUUAAGACUGCUACUGCUGUGUUCAUGCAAACAGCACGGUGAGCUGUGUGCCUUUGUUCUUAUUACUCCCCAAGUAGUCGCCUUGAGACGUCGAUCACAGUCUUCCACUCAGGCCUCUGACCGACAUUCACGUUCACUCGAAACCAGGGUCAAACUCCAGUCCUCGAGGGCUGCAGUGUCUUUUCAAUCAGCAGCCAAUUAAGGCCUUGAGAACAAGACUUAAAAAUGUAUCUCUGGUGCUGAAACACACCAAAUCCGGCAGAAACUGCGGCCCUCCAGGACUGGAGCUUGACACCUCUGCUCUAAACUUUGCAGUGCAUUGUUGGAAAACCAACACCUUUCCUUGCUUGUCUCUCCGAUUGACUCCUUCCCAUCUCUCAGUCUCAAUUUGACUGGCUCCUCUCCACCCGCACGUUUCCCCGAGAGCUCAUUACAUCACAAUUCCACUCUGAGGAAGGGAGAGCAAGAGAGAGGAGAGGGGAAAAUGAAGGGAGAUGGAGACAGGUUGAGGGAGGGAGUGAGAGAAAGACAACAUAAAAAGAGAGCUUGGGUGAGCAUUUAUGGGUUUGCCAUGAUGGGAGAGGAGUGAGACCGCAGCAGUGUGAUGGUGUGAGUGCAGAACUAUGGGGGUUUGGAGACACAGGAGUCCUGCUCUGGUAGAUGCCUCCGUGUCAUCAGGUCUCUGAACACCUCAGCUGUUCGUCCGUCAGCGCGACUAAACUAAGAACUGCUAUGGAAAGGGCACUCCCCUCCACUGCCUUCCUGUGAGUGAAUGCUCCGCCUGCCCACAUCUUCAGUCCUUAAUAACCCAGCUGUUUCCACGCCACAGACAAGCCCAGGCAUGUAAAAACGUCCCUGGGGAGCAGCGUUUCAUUGUGGUCACUUUCUAAGUAGGAUGUCCUCAAAGUAUCAACUCUCCUACGAUUAGCGCAACACCACACAUUUAUGGAGUAAAAUUCACACAAUUCCAUACACAGCCAACCUUCAAUUUGGUAGGGUCUAUGCCACGCGUGUGCGUGACUUAUUACAGCACUGUAUUUUAAAAGGAAGCUUUAUUACACUUGCAGUCAGUGAGUUACAGUCAAUCGUUUGUAUCUAUAUUGGAGUUCAUCAGACCGUAACUCUAAAUGGUAACCUACUAUGCACUGUCUUUCAUAUUGUGCUGAAUAAAAACAUCUGGUAAAUAAAUGCAAA